AUGACCAAAAAGUCUGUACAGAUUAAGUACAAGCAUAGGCUGAAGUUUAUCUUUGGCUCAUCAGCCAUCCAGGCCUUGGACCUAGUUGAUCGACAGUCUGUCACUUUGAUCUCAUCGCCCAGUGGACGUUGUGUUUACCAGGUACUUGGAAGUUCUGGUAAAACAUACACAUGUUUGGCUUCUUGUCAUUAUUGUUCCUGUCCUGCAUUUGCCUUCUCAGUGCUGCGGAAAAGUGACAGCCUACUGUGCAAGCAUCUCUUGGCAGUUUAUCUUUGUCAGGUUAUGAGGGCCUGCCAGCAGGUCAGUGUCUCUGACAAGCAACUGACUGACAUGCUGAUGGAGAAGAAAUGAGAAGCAAGAAAAGUGCAGAUGGAACAUCAUCCUUGAAAACAAAAGCCCAUCAAGAACUGCAUUUAACAUGUCACAGAUCACAAGAAAAAGAAGUGAAAGUGAUCAUCCAGAGACUUCUUGUUAGUGUCCCUUUUCUUUGAUAGGCUUCAGGAGGGACUUUGGGUGGGAGGUGUGAGAUAUGGAGGGUAUGUGUAUAGCUUGGAACCCUGUGCAGUCUUCUCAUGGAAACUCGUCUCUACAGGAAUUGAGUAUUGCAUAUUCAAAGAAAUAUCAUGCUGUAUUCACAACAUGGACUUUUUUUCUGUGUGUGUAU